GUUCACACCACCACUUUCAAUUUGGAGACGAAUCCAUCAACGAUCGAGCUCGAACCUCUUACGUCGAGCCGGAAUUAGACCCACGCCAUCGUCGUCUUCGUCUCCCUCACAGAACCUCUCUCUCUCUCUCUCUCUCUAGUCCCAACCCUAACGCCUCCAUCUCUCUCCUCUCCCCCUCCCCUCCACGACGACGACGUAGAAGAAGAGGAAGAGGCCAUGCACGGGCGCCCACGGAGAUCCCCCAAGCCCGAGGACGCCGCAGCGGCCGCCGCCAAGGCCUCGAAACUCCACGAACUCCAAUCCCUCCUCCUCCAAAACCACCAAAAUCGCAUAUACACAAAGGAGGCUCUUUUGGCGAGCUCGAAGCUUAUCGAGGUCAACCCCGAGAUCUACACCGCGUGGAACUAUCGAAAGCUCGCUCUUCAGCACAGUCUCAACGGAGUCUCCGAUCCCGAGGCCAUCAAAUCGGCUGUCGAGGAUGAGCUCAGAGUGGUAGAGGCGGCGUUGAGGAGGAAUCCCAAGUCUUACGGGGCUUGGUAUCACAGGAAAUGGGUGUUGAAUCAGAAGCUUGCGGAGGUGGACUUCGGGCGUGAGUUCCGGCUUCUGGAUCAGCUGCUAAAGGCUGAUGCUAGGAAUUUCCAUGGGUGGAGCUACCGAAGGUUCGUCACAAGGCUGAAGAAUGUGUUGGAGGAGGAGGAGCUGGGAUUUACUAUGGAUAUGAUCAACACAAAUUUCAGCAACUAUUCUGCAUGGCAUAAUCGCAGUAUUCUUCUCUCCCAUUUGCUGGGGAAAAAGGCUAAUGGGUUCGAGUCAAAGGAGAAGAUCUUAUCAGAGGAGCUUGAGCUAGUGCGUCAAGCUCUUUUUACGGAUCCAAGUGAUCAAAGUGGGUGGUUUUAUCACUUGUGGCUUCUGGAUCAGACAUGUAGUGGGGAUCAGCUAAAACUAAUCUCUUCAUGGCCCAUUCAUCAAUCAAAGCUUGUUCUGCCUAUAGUUAAGGAAAAAGAUAAUUGCAAUUCCUUUCUAUACCCUUUUCAAAGGGAAACCCUCCCAAUCGUUCUUUAUUUCAAUAAACCCGUCAAAGGAAUAACUUCAUCCACUGUGAUGGUGAGUUCGGAGUUGGCCAAGAACGAAGAUCUUACUUGGAAGCCACUUUUGGCUUCGAAUUUGGGGGAAGCCAAUUGCUGGGCUACUUAUCUUAUGAUUCUCGAGGGAAAUUGCAGUACUUCACAAACUUUUUCAGUUGAAGUAGAAGUUGGCUGCUCGGAGGGUAUUGUGUCAGUUAGUGGCUUGCAUUACAAUCCUUCGAAGUUCAAAUUUAGCGUAGAGUUUGAUCAUAAUGUUCCAGAGCAGGCUCAAGGAAAUUUGGCUCAGGAGCCGUUUUCAUGGAAUUAUUCGGAAAAAUUCUAUUCUCAGGAAAAUUCAGAUUUCACUUCAUUUGAUCAGCUAAAGAUCAAUGAUGAUGCACUGAAAGAGGAUUUAAAGUGGCACUUCGACACUUUGUCUGAAGAGAUAACUCUAUUUAAAGAGAUGUCUGAAGAAAAUUGUAAAUUUGUGAAGUUAACAUUAGCACGCCUCUUGAUUGCAUAUGAUGCAAUGAAGUCUCCUGAAAAUUCUCUACAACAAAAGAGGAAGCACUGUGAGGAGGCUUUAGAGCUCUUUGAUGAUUUGAUCAAAUUAGAUCCAUCUCAUAAAAGGUAUUAUGAGGACGAACAGAGCUUAGUUCUAUUGGAUCAGGUAACUUCAGACAAAGAGUCUUUGGUGAAAUAUUGUUGGCAAUAUGAUAAUCCAAACUUCUCUACUUUUCGCCGCCAUAAUUGCUUACAGCUUAGAAGACUAUCAUUAACACGUGUCGGGUUUGUUGAACGCAUGUUGUGGGUCCAGAUACUGGAUCUUAGUCACAACAAGCUUAGAUCAAUUGCAGGUCUGGAAGCAUUGCAACUUCUUAUCUGCUUAAACCUAAGCAACAAUCAAAUCAGCAGCUUUACCUCACUCGAGCCCCUGAAAAGGCUAAGCUCUUUGAGGGUUUUGGAUUUAUCAUUCAAUGAGAUUGGUGCUCACCCUGUAGACACUACUAGGUACCUGUGCUCAUCUCCUUUAUCGCACACAUUCGAUGUAAAAGGAAUUAUGGAAGUGCUUCAGAAGGAUAAUAUCAAUGUGGCAGAUCACUGGGAGAUGAUGCUAUUGUUUAAGUCCUUAAAUUUAAAGCAACUAAAUAUGAAGGGGAAUCCGGUUUCUAGUGAGAACUUUGGACAGUUGGUGACAAAGAUCCUUCCUUCAUUACACUGGGUUGAUGGUGAACGUGUUCGAUGACCGAGAGAAUACCCAGGGGCGAAUAUAGGCUUUCAAAAAACAUAAAAAAGACUUAUUAUUUAUACCUGGUGAGUAAAAUUAUACUUCUAGGGGAAUGUAUUUGCUGAUGAAGAUCGAUUCUUCUGUGACCUGGAUCGAUGGUGAAUUUGUUCGACGAUUGAUUUAGACUUUUUGUGGAGAAUGUGCAUUCUUCUAUCUUCUCUUUUUGAUAGAUAGAUACUUUUUUUUAUAUUUUUUUGAGAAAAAGCCUGUAGGCGUAUAGAAAUGUUUGCUUUUUAUCUGGUCUGAUCAUAUUGUUGUUCAGUUAAUGUGAUUCAAGAGGGAAGAGAGUGUGAUGUCUUUGGAAAGUUUUCAUAUAUCCUAUGAAUCUGUUAUACUAUCUAA